AGCGCAGGGCAGUGCGCCGGAUUGUGAUAUCUCGGCCAGGGAAGGUGAGAUCCUAAGGCGAGUUGGGUGUGUCGUCAUGUUGCGGGUGCCUGCCAUUGCGCGCCUGCUGCGGCAGCCAGUGGCCGGGGCUGCCGCCAGAUGGCAGAGCACCCAGCCAGAAAAGAUUGAAGUAUUUGUUGACGGCCAGAGUGUGCUGGUUGACCCUGGUACCACAGUACUGCAGGCGGCGGCGAUGGUCGGGGUGGAGAUCCCGCGGUUCUGCUAUCACGACCGGCUGUCGGUAGCCGGCAACUGCCGCAUGUGCCUGGUGGAGGUGGAGAAGGCAGCCAAGCCCGUGGCGGCCUGCGCCAUGCCCGUCAUGAAAGGCUGGAAUAUCAAGACCAACUCGGACAUGACCAAGAAGGCGCGCGAGGGCGUCAUGGAGUUCCUGCUCAUGAACCACCCGCUGGACUGUCCGAUCUGCGACCAGGGCGGCGAAUGUGACCUGCAGGACCAGAGCAUGACCUUCGGCGCCGACAAGAGCCGCUUCACAGACAACGCCUUCAGCGGCAAACGAGCCGUCGAGGACAAGGACAUCGGCCCGCUGGUCAAGACCAUCAUGACGCGCUGCAUCCACUGCACGCGCUGCAUCCGGUUCGCGUCCGAGGUGGCCGGCGUGGAUGACCUGGGCACGACCGGCCGCGGCGGUGACAUGCAGGUGGGCACGUACGUGGAGAAGAUGCUCAUGUCGGAGAUGUCGGGCAACGUGAUCGACCUGUGCCCGGUGGGGGCGCUCACCUCCAAGCCGUACGCGUUCACGGCGCGGCCGUGGGAGGUGCGCAAGACGGACAGCGUCGACGUCAUGGACGCCGUCGGCAGCAACAUCGUCGUGGCGACCCGCACGGGCGAGGUGCUGCGCAUCCUGCCGCGUAUGAACGAGGACAUCAACGAGGAGUGGAUCGACGACAAGGCCCGCUUCUCCUAUGACGGUCUGAAGCGGCAGCGGUUGGUGGCCCCCAUGCUGAGGGUGGACGGGGAACUGCAGCCGGUGGAGUGGGAGGACGCCCUGGUGGCCACGGCCAAGUGUCUGCGCGCCGCCGGCGAGGGGACAGCCGUCGUGGCCGGCGGCAUGUGCGACGCCGAGUGCCUGACGGCCGUGAAGGACCUGGUGAACCGGCUCGGCUCCGAGAUGCUCUGCACCGAAGAGACGUUCCCGACGGACGGCUCGGGCACCGACCUGCGCUCCAGUUACCUGCUCAACUCCAGGAUCGCAGGUGUCGAGGAGGCGGACACGGUUCUGCUGGUGGGCACCAACCCGCGCUACGAGGCUCCUCUGCUGAACGCUCGCAUCCGCAAGUCCUGGAUCAACAACGACCUGCAGGUGGCUGUGGUCGGACCGCAGCUGGAGCUCAACUAUCCGGCUCAGCACCUGGGCGACUCGCUGGACACGCUGCGUCAGCUGCUGGCCGGCAAGCACGCCUACAGCGCCCAGCUGGCCGCCGCCCAGCGGCCCAUCCUGGUGCUGGGCGCCGCCGCGCUGGCCGGCCCCAACGGCGCGCAGCUGCUGGCGCUGGCGCAGCAGCUCGCGCAGCAGCUGCGCGCGCGCGCCUCGGCGCCGGCCGACUGGCGCGUGCUGAGCGUGCUGCAGCGGGUGGCGUCGCAGGCGGCGGCGCUCGACCUGGGCUACCGGCCGGGCGUGGCGGCGGCGCGGACCGGCCGGCCGCGGGCGCUCCUCCUGCUCGGCGCUGACGAGGAGACCGUGUCGCGUCAGGACCUGGCCGACAACGCCACUGUCAUCUACAUGGGACACCACGGCGACGCGGGCGCCGCCGAGGCCGACAUCGUGCUGCCGGGCGCCGCCUACACCGAGAAGCAGGCCACGUACGUCAACACCGAGGGCCGGGCGCAGCAGACACUGACGGCCGUCACGCCGCCGGGCCUGGCGCGCGACGACUGGAAGAUCGUGCGCGCCCUCUCCGAGGUGGUCGGCGAACCCCUGCCGUACGACACGCUGGCAGAGAUUCGCCGACGGAUGACGGAGAUCGCGCCCAACCUCACGCGCUACGGGGAUGUCGAGGAUGCCAACUAUUUCGCGCAGGCGGCCGAGCUGGCCAAGAGCAUUAGCGCCCAGUCCCAGACGUCGCCCGUGACGCCCGCCCUGCUGCACCUGGAGGACUUCUACAUGACCAACAGCAUCUCCAGGGCCUCGCCCACCAUGGCCAAGUGCGUGCAGGCCGUGGCCAAGCAGCGGGAAUCCAAGUAUAACUAGACGGCGCCGCCGUGGCGCACUAGCAGCGUGAUGGGGGCCGGGUGGGCCGGCGCCGGCCCGUUAGCGUGCGUGUUUGUACAGACGGGGCACGCUCCGCCGCGUGCGGGGUGGGGUGUGCCCCUGCCGUCCUCGCCGGCCGGGUUUGACGGAUCUGUGAGCGGCUCCGCGCACGGUUAUUUGUGAAUAUAUGUGAAGGUCAGGUG